UAUUCGCGCGACUCGAACGCGCGCGAACGAUUGUUUUGUUACUCGUAUGUAGUGAAAAAACAUUUCUUUAAAAUGACUUUUACUACUAUUCAACGUUACGUUGUAUCAAACAUUUUAACCGUGUAUUAUAGUGCACUGGUUUUAUUUAGUUUUUUAUUAACUUUUUUGAAGAAUCCAUUUAAAAAUCCUUGGGAACAAAAAUUAGUAUUAGUACCUCCAGCAAGACUUUCUGACCCAAAGUAUGGUGUACAUAAAUAUGUGAAGGCAAAUAAUAUAAAACUACACUAUGUUGAGAGCGGGGAUCCUAACAAGUCGCUUAUGCUGUUUCUGCACGGAUUCCCCGAGUUUUGGUAUUCCUGGCGCCAUCAGAUUGUGGAAUUUAAUAAAGAUUACUGGUGUAUUGCUCUCGACCUGCGUGGAUACGGAGACUCCGAGAGACCAGAGGAAGUGGCCGCAUAUAAAAUAGACCUUUUAGUGGAAGACGUGCGCGAUCUCAUGCGGAAAUUGGGUCGCAGUAAAUGUAUCCUGGUAUCUCACGACUGGGGCGGUCUGAUAGCGACCAAGUUCCGUGACACAUAUCCGGACGCGCUGGACGCUGUUAUUGUACUGGGGAGUACGACUAGAGAAGCUUGGAGCAAAGAAAUAUGGAAUAAUCCUCAACAGAAGAAGAAGUCAUGGUAUACGUUCUUCUACCGCAUGCCAAAACUACCUGAGCUGAUGCUGCAAAUGAACGAUCUUCAGAUUUUCGAUACUGUGAUGAGACGACAGGAAAAUUGUGUUGAUGAUAAUGACAUCGAAUGUUAUAAAUACUGGUUUAGAAAACAAGUUGCUCUAACGCCGCCUAUAAACUACUACCGAGCAAAUUUCCAAUUGACUUUUUCGGAUAAAUAUAAGGACGAAAAUGUUCCUAUGAUUGUGGCCAACGGUGAAAAGGACCCGUACAUAGUCUCGAGUAUGUUGGAACGUAUAAAAACCGAAUAUAAGAACAUUGAAACAGUGCUUGUAGAAGACGCCUACCAUUUCUUACAACAAGAAUCGCCGGAGAAAGUCAACAAAAUAAUAAGAGAUUUCCUUGUUAAAAAUAAACUGUGAAAUCAACAAAAAAUUGUUGAGUUAUUGAAAAUUUGUGUUUUUUUUGCCAAAGUUAGUUUUGCGAUAAAUGCAUAGAUAUUAAUGUUUUAUGUUAG